AAGACGGUAAGAAAUGUACCACACGCCCCUUUGUUAUCCAUUAUGGUACAAACACACUUGAUAAGAGGAAAACUCUUAUUGCUAGAGAAGUGCUUAUUCGAUGAGAGGGUGAUGGCUAAAAAGGAAAACCGUGACCAUAACUGGUGCUAGUCCAUGAUACACUCGAUUGAAUGUUUCCCUCAUCCUUUAUUUUUAUCCAUAAUUUUAAUUCACUUAUCUCCUUUUCCCUUCUGUUGGAAAUAUUUUUACUUGUCUCUUCACAAUUAAGUUUUCCUUUUUUGAUAUUGGAAAUAGCCUUUUCGAAUUUGUACAAUAUGCAUAACUCAAAGAAUACGCAAAGUUAUUAACAUUUGCGAAAGGUACUGUUUUUGUGUGUAUUGUUUCUUGUAAUGUUUUUUUAAAAUGAUGCUUUUUGUGGACGUUCAUACAUAAAGCUUAUCUUUAUCCGGAAAACUUUUAAAUUCGCGCACGCUCAUCUGAUAAUUACUAUUCACUUUUUCAAUUGUAUGACCUUUUUAGUGAAAACACCCUUUUCUGACCAAUAGUGCUUUUUUAUUGAUAUCAUUUUACUUUCUGUCUCGUUUGAUUGUCUGCGUUAAAGAUUUUCCUUUUCUACCACGCCCUUCCAAGUCAGAGAAUCAUCGAGCGAAAAAAAACUCUCUAUUUAACCCUCAUUAAUUUCAAUGUGAUUAGGCUCUCAACUUAACGGUGGUAGUUUAAGCACAUGCCGUAUUCCUUUUCGUAGAUUUAAGGCUCAAAAGUAAUGUAUUGUGUAAGCGAAAUCUCUUUCCUAUGUCGACGUGCGUGUAAUGGUGAGGUAUUCGCUUUUCUAAUUAACAACUUUUCAUCUCUGUAGUCUGUCAAUGCUCUUUGUUGUGCUUCAUAGUCACUAAGGUCCUUUCUUUUUGUUCGUUUGGCUCGUUUUCUAAUUCAGAACAAUCGUCAUAGCAAGUCGUCAUGUCAAGUUGCAGAUUGUGGCCACAUUCCCUUUUGUCAUAUUUUGAUCAGAAAAAAAGAAUUUUAUUUAUCGAAACUGUUUAGCUACCGUGACCUUUUUUUAUAUAAAAUCGAGGCAUUUAUGUGGUUUACAAACCUAAAGACGAAGAACUGUUUUUGGACAUCUCAACUACAGAUAGCUAAUUCUAUUAUGCUGAUAUAAAUCUCGUGAAAUUGAUUUUUUUUUUUUGAAUUGCAUCUAGUGAUGGGAUUAGUUGGGAAAAGUUGUCACUCUUUGAAAUGAUUUCCCCUACCCCUCUUACGACUAUCUCUAAAUCCCAUGUUAUUAGUCGAUCCCACAAUUAAACUCUCUUUGUCUGCACGUUAAGGCAGCUUGCUCCUUGCUUACCCAGCUGAAGUUUAAUUUCAAUGCUCUGGCAUUUUGAUUCUUCUCGAGCGCGUAAAAACAAUCGAGCAAUAUUCGGAACGUCAGCUCGACUUUCCGACAUAUCCUUAGCUUCCCACAAAGUCCAAUUUGCGUUUAUUGUUUGACCUGAUAUUGUCCUAUGCCUGUGUCUAAGCUGGUUUUAAUAUCUUGCUCUACACUCAAUGAAAUUUUGCUAGGUCAGCUGAGGGGGUAGCUGACAAGACAUUUUGUGUAGUUUAGUGUCCUCAUUGACAUGUUUAUCCGUGUCGAAAAAUAAAGUGUUUUCUUUAGAUUCCUCAGUUCGUUUUGGAAGCCUUGUAUCUUGAAAGCUGUCCCUGUCUUAAAAGAUUCUGGUUGUGAAGUGGCUUGUCCGCGUUUCUAAAUGGAUUAAAAGUGAAUCGUACGAAUAAUUCAUGUCAAAGCGAGUCACAUAACUUUAAAGAGCUUUAAGCACAAUAACAUUUUAAAAGCUUUUAAGUAUGUUUUUUUUUGUUUUGCAUUGAAUAAAAUAAGAGUCAAUUUGGACAAAGUUAAUCCCUUCUCGACUAAAAAGAACCACUUUACCAAGUCUGUUCCUACCGUAAACAAUUAUCCUCAGCAGCCUUUAUUUAUGCGUCCAUUAACUUUGGCUAUUUUUGGUUCCAUGCAUCUUUAUUUCUAGUAAUCUCAACAAAUGUAUACCGCUUUUAUAGAAAUUUUUAAUAAAACGGUUAAAUCUAUAUGAGUUCAAAUCAGCCGGUAGUAAAUUUGAGGCGUAUUCCGAACAGCCCCAUGUCGAGUCUUUUACCUUCCCUUCAAACUCCAAACUCUUUUUAUUGUGACGUCUUCGUGUGUUCAUUGCUAUAUAGGUUUUAAAUAACUAGAUUGCUUUUUCGUCUCUAAGAACUAUUAAACCGAACUUAUAAUUUGUAGUUGUCGUCAGCAAGGUCGUUCAGUUGAUUUAUGGGGCGGAAUAUGCUCUCUUUGAGUCUUUUUCUUUUAAAAGUUUGAUAAUGUUGAACCAUUCAUUAGAUAAAUUUAGAAAAAAAAAAGUGUAUGCGACACUUAGAGUUAAGUUUUUACUGAGAUCUCUCUUUCCUCUACCUAAAAAAGCACUCACCAAAAACCCUACGAAAACUCAAAACUACUUCAAAAUGUAUGUAAUUUUUUAAGCAAGUUGCGAAGUUCUCGCUCUCAAAACUAGUUUAAUCAAAACAUGAUAAGGAGUUCGCCGUUUUAUUUGCUUUACUUUAAUAAAUUAGUUUUUGUAACAAAAUUUUACUUCUUUGUAAAAGAUUCUAAAGAUAAGAUUAUUUGUUGAUAUUUUAGACUAGAAAGUCGAUUUAAUCAACCUCGUUUAUUUUGUUAGUAUUUUUCUCAGCACUGUAUAAAUUCCACAGAAAAAAAAAUGGAAACUCUCAGUUUUCUAUUGGAAAAUGAAGACAAUAAAAACACAGUCCUAUUUUAAAUGAACACGAACAAUAAAGAUACAAAAGGAUCUGCUUCGCUUUUUACUACAAACAUUAAAAAAUGUGAUCAUUUUGGAGCAUUUUUUCCGUCUGCAAACACGGCACAAGCGAAACCCUCGAAAGCGCGCCAGAAACCGUUUUGUUUCCCAAGGUAAAUGUUUUCUCGAGUUGGCUAAGCCGGUGUUUGCUCAUAUUGUCAUGGUCUGCUGAUUUGACUCGUUUAAUCUGCAAACUCACCGACCCAUAGCAUUAUUUUAUUAAACGUUUUAUUUCCAAUAACUACAAAAGUUCGAUUUUAAUCACAGAGUCUUUGUUCGCUUGCUUCAGACCCAGUGCUUUGGCGGGCUACAAGUGACGUCACUGCGGCCUCGACAUCUAUUUCGCGCGGCCAAUUAGGUCUUAACUUAAGGAGUUUUAUAGUAGAUGUCGAUUAAUCUAAGAGGUUCUCUGUCAUAAAUGAGUCACAUUUGCUAUUAUUGGUGUUUUAUUGAGGUCUAUUGGUGAUGAUAAUGGUGGAUUUAUUGGUGUAUUUGGUCCCCACCGGAGAUGUUAUACACAGCUUUCAGAUCCGGUUAUUGAGAGGGAGAGAGCAUCACCGGUCAAUUCCUCGCAUGUAAUGAACAUUGAAUAACUCAAACUGCUCUGACAUUUCCGUAACAUCUCCCUCUAUGCUCGCCCUGAGGGCAAGUCAUUGAUAUUUCCUCUCAAACAUACAUAAACUCUCUUUGACAUUGGCGUGUUUUGCUUGUACAGUACACGGCGACUUUUCAGUGUUUGUAUAAGAACACCAUCGUGUUUGCUAUUAUUGCGCAUGUCGUUUGCGAGCAAUUUCUCGUGCCAGCAUAUGCUAAUCAACACAUUUUUAAUAACUUUCUCGUCAUCACGGAGCCGAUUUUUCUUUGAGGUCUUCGGCAACAUCCCAGCUUGUUAAUCUUUCCCUCAACAAUUAUCCGAUUUAAGCAAUCCCAAGCUAUUCGUGCUAACCACUUAACCCACAAAUCGUAACCUGCUGAAUUGAUCGUCUUAUUGGGAUUUCACGCCCGCCGAUAGCUCUUCUCACCUUUUUCAAUCUGACAUAAGGAGCUCGACACCUGAGAGUGGCAAAUUACAAGAUUCGUCAAAUGCGUACGAAAAUUCGCACGAAAACCUUGGGGGCUCGCAGGGCCAACCCAAGUUCCAAUUGCUGAGCCUUGCCGGCUGUUCGUUUACCGCUACUGUUUGCGUUUGAUUUAUUGCUUUUUAAGACCGCUAAAUUAUUCGCAAUAACUUGCGUUAUUAAGAUAAGUAUUCAAACUAGCCCCUCGGGUCGAACGCGCGUAAACCCGUGCCCGCUAGUCGAAUCGAGCACCAACCCCUCGUGCUGGUUUCGAGCUAGUCUAAACCACCUGACGAUACCUUAUUAGAUGUGCCCUCUCCCGUGGAUACAAUCAAGUGAGCAUUCUAGCGAGAAAGCUCAAUAUCGGGUGCAAUAAAGCGCUAGCGGUGGGCGGUCGUUGUUUAGAGAAUUUAAUAACAUAAGCAAACUGCAAGGCUUUGGCUCAGGCGCGCUCAAUGUUUGAGCUUCAAAACGAGCGCCAUUCAAGUAGAAAGAUUAUGCGGAUAAACCACGAGUUCGGUGAUCGAGAAGGAUUCGCGUUUGAAGAGCACGAAAAUGUACUGAUUCCACUUGAGAUUGAUAUCAUUUGAUUAAGAGAGGUUUAUUAGAGGGGCUCUUGAAUGGCGUGCUGAAAUUACCUCCCCCUCUUAUGAAGGUCGGUUUGUGUCUUUGUUACGGAGAUUAAUAAGCUCUGACAAGUUCAAUUGGUCCGACUAUACAACCUUAAUACCUCGAACCGGAACAACUCCACCGCUGAAAACACUGACCACAAACGAGCUCGCUCAUAUCAAUGCUGACAAGUCACCAGUCGUUCACACGGAUGUGUCUCGUGCUAUGGCCUGCUUCUCUGGCCGCUACAACACGAACAUGAAGCACUUUGUGAGUAACAUAGUCCACCGACGGAAGAGCGAGACUUACCAAGCCAUCGCUAACGUCUGCCGUGUCGUCCCCGAGGUACUCAAGCAUGUGGAAGCGCUCGAGCCUAGGUUUAUCUCAUCUUUGAAGCAGCUUGACGGAAGAUACCUCGGCCUGUAUGUUGUCUCUCCAAAGCGGUUUGAAGUAUGUUUAUACUUGAAUCAGAUGGGAGUCUUCAACUUCAUAGAUGACGGUUGUCCGUCCGGCUGCGCUAUGCUCAAACUAAGUGACGAACGCAAACGGUCCAUGUCUCUGUGGACAGAGUUUAUCACGGCUUCAGGCUACUUAUCGGCUCGCAAAAUGCGAUCACGGUUCACGUCUCUGGUCGGUGAGGCGAUACGUCGCGGGAAUCUACAGAGUCAAGUACAGAUGGUCGGCGCGAACUCCCAUUCCACCGUACUCUCCAUCAAUGACACUUACACCGUUGAGCUUAUCCCGGCAUUCCGCUGUGGCGCUAUUUGGCCGCAGAACACAUGCUCGUGGCCGUCGCCGGACUCAUAUUGGCCCAGCCAGGCUGCCGUGGCUAACAUCAAACUGCGCGGGUUUAACCUCCUGGCCAAGGAUCCUUACCCCUCUGUCAAACCAGUGAACACGGAGGGAGACGCGUGGGUCUUGUCUUUUACUGACUCCGAGGAGCUGCUCUUGGCGGGAGGUUGCCGCAGACUGUGUGUUAGCAUGCUAAAGGCUCUUUGCGACAAGCAUUUGAACGUUCCAGGGGACUGUAUAGAGUACAUACACCUUAAGAAUCUAGUCUUGUAUGAAUGCGAGAAGCACCCAAGGGACUUCGAGUGGUUUGACGAGGCUUUAUUUCAUCGCAUAAAUGGGAUUCUCUUGCAGUUAGUCUCGUGUUUGCAGUGUAGAAAAUGCCCGCACUUUUUUCUUAAAGGCGUAGAAUUAUUUGCAGGAAAGUCAAGGACUGUCUUGGACCAGGCGGCAAAACAAGUUUGGAAUUUAGCAAGGGACUUGGCGACGAAUCCAUCUAGCUUUGAGGCGACAUAGAAAUACUCGUUCCAUCAUUAUCCCAAGCCAGCUAUAAAACACCACGAAAAAUUAAAAAUUAUCCUUUCUGUCCAGGACCCAGAGUUUAGCCUUGAACAAACAACGAGAUUAUGUCUCUUUAAGGCAAAUACAUAAUCCCUCUCUAAGGCAAAUUCUUGUUGGUCUGAAAUUUCUCUCUUUUUCAUGUUAUGUUUGAGUCACGCCUAGCAAAUGUACUCAACUAUAAAAAUUUUCUUACUGUAAUUAUUAACCUUAAAUGAAGUUUAGACCAAGUCUAAGAAGCAAUUCCCCAAAAGAUUAAGAGGAUUAUAUUUAUUAUGGAUUAUUAUCUAAGCGUUGUGCUUUUUCAAGGAAAUCAUUUUUCAAUUUCAGCCAGAACAGGCACCUGUGAGGGAAAAGUGUAAUUUUAUUUUUAUUUAUUAUUGUAAAAACUUAAGUUAUUCUCCUUUAAUGUAGGUUUGUUAUAUAAAUGUUGAAUUUGCCAUGAAGAAUGGCUUUUUUUCUCUGAAUUUGGGCUUAUUUCAGUUUAAAAUGCGUUUUCACCUUUUGCUGUCCUGGCGAGCAGAUGUGGUCGGGGCGGUGGUCUCAUAUACGAGUUAAUAAUGAAGCCCUUAUCCGAUUCAAGCUGAUUUAGACAACUAAGAGCUAUUAUAGCUAUUACAAUUACUUGGGUUAGUGAUGCCUUUUAGAAAAUUGCAUUAGUUUUUUUCUCUAACAAAAGAACUUGUUCUAGAUCCUUCGACGCUAAGUUUUGAUUUCUUCCUCAGAAGCACUCUAUUUUACGUUGAUUCGCCACAAUAUCUUUAACUUUAACUGGCUUUUUAUGUACAGUACGGUGUAUUUUAUUGGAAAACAAAAUUAGUUGUACUUCAUACUUUAUUUUGGGUAGAUCCAAAAAAAUCUAGAAACCCGUAUUUCUCCCGUUUUUAUCUUUUAAAUAGUUAAACAUCACCUCAGCAUCAUUGAACUACCCUCAUAGUCCUAUGGCACACGUUUGACUCAGUUGUUAUAAGUCGAACAAUCACUUUUCUUGUCAACACCAUGUAUGAUUUUGAAUGUGAUUAUAUUCCUACGCUUGCAAUAAAUGAACAAUUCUUUAUA